UGUGGGAUCGGAUCCCUGCAGCCGAUUGGUCAGUCAACUGCUCAGGCGCGAUUUUGCAACGCGGGACAACGCUCCUGUGGGCGCACACAGGUCAGUUCAGACAACCCGCUGCGACAAGAAGGAAACUUACCAUCUUCAUAUCUGACUGUAUCUUUUGCGGAUACUUUGUAGCGAAGUACGGAUCCGAUAUUUUUUUCUAUUCCUCUUUGGAAAUGAAGGACAUAUUCACUCCAGAUUGAAAAGGCGCACUUUUUUUUUAGACUUUUAGUCCUACUUAUUGAUUGUUAAAAUAAUCAAUUAGAGUUAGAACUUUUACAGUUUUUGCGACUAACACCGGAGUUCCGACACCCAUACAAUGGCCGAUAACAAGCAUCCGCACGUUAUUUUCUGCAACGACUCGCCCAAAAGAGUUUUGGUGUCCGUAAUCAAGACCACCCCGAUCAAGCCCAGGAAAGCGGAGGCCCUGACGCCGACAAGCCCCGGUUUCAGCGACUUCAUGGUCUACCCGUGGAAAUGGGGGGAGAACGCCCACAAUGUGACUCUGAGCCCAGGCUCAGUGAGCGGGGCUUCGUCACCUACCGGGACCCAGACGGCCAGGGAAGCGGACACGGCUCCUUCACCAGACCAGAUCAGGGAUGGUAUCCGCAGAGGGCGUCCACGGGCUGACACUGUCCGGGAGCUCAUAAGCGAGGGGGAGACUUCGUCCAGCCGUAUUCGCUGUAACAUCUGCAACCGAGUGUUUCCCAGAGAGAAGUCUCUUCAGGCUCACAAGAGGACACACACAGGAGAGAGGCCCUAUCUGUGUGAUUACCCAAAUUGUGGGAAGGCGUUUGUCCAGAGUGGUCAGCUGAAGACGCACCAGCGGCUGCACACUGGGGAAAAGCCCUUUGUCUGCUCGGAGAAAGGAUGUGGCAAUCGGUUCACGCAUGCCAACCGUCACUGUCCCAAGCAUCCUUUCUCUCGUCUGAAGAGAGAGGAACCAAAGGAGGGCCUGGGGAAGGCCCAGUCUGUGGAUAACAAGGCUGUGGCAGAGUGGCUGGCAAAGUACUGGCAAACCCGUGAGCAGCGUGCCCCUACAACCACCAAGGUGAAGCCACAGGGCAAGGCAAGAGCAGAGGACCAGGAGCAGCAGGAUCCCAUGGAGUUUCUCCAGUCUGAUGAAGAGAACGGGGAAGAGGAAGAGGCCGCAGAGGAGGAGAAAGGCAGCCAGGGAGGAGGAGCCGCCAAGCGUCGCCUCCAGGAGCAACGAGAGCGUCUCCACGGUGCUCUGGCACUCAUUGAGCUGGCCAACAACCUGUCUGCCUGAACACCCACCCACUUCCCCUUCCUGGAUUCUCAUUCCCAUACCUCCAUUCCCAAUCCGCCUUCCUGCAGUAUGUGCUGUAGCUAGAAAUUGCUCAUAAAUGCAGAUCAAUGACUAGUUUAGUUUAUUCUAUCAAGUUGUGAAAGCAGACUUUAAGAAAGAGCUGAAUUGGCCUGAGAUCAGUGUUAUGCACAGCAUCAUCUAUUCCCCCUCACAGCACCAGGAAGGCACAAGCUAAAGCACCUUAUUCAGCUUCCAUUUUAUCCUUUUAGGCUGCUAUAAUUGUAGAUUUGACGAUAUGAAGAAUGUCUUUCUUUCUUCUGUCUUCUAAAGGCAAAGAAAGAAUACCUAUUAUGUUUUGAUUUGUUUUGUUUGCACUUUGAUGGUAACGAGUUUUUAAACUAUGUUGUGAGUGUAACAGAGUGUGUAUGACUGAUGUAUAUAUGGAUUAAGCUCAGAUGGACAGAAUGAUACAGGGUGUGGUCAAUAUAGGAAAUGUUAACUGUCAGAUGGCCUCUCAUCAUGCUCCCAGGUUUCAUCUCCAGCAUUGUAAGCACAAUUUCACAGCCACUAAUGACAGUAGUGGUGGUAGAAAUGGACUGAGAAAGGUUCCGAUAGGCUAGUUAAAGCCUCACCUAUACAGCACUCUCCAAGAAGUGUGUAUAGGUGGACGAAAGGAGACAAAACAAGUCAGGGGCGCUGGAUCAGUCUGGCAUCUAACAUGGUCAUUUUUAUUUAGAGAAUGAGGUGAUCAUUGCAAGCCUAAUCCAGAGGUCUGGUUAGGCACAAGACUUUAAACAAUCCAAACUUUGACAGCUUCACCACUUGUCUCAUUAUAUACACAUAAUCGUAUCCGCAUGACAUUACGAAAGGUGCAUGGGAAAAGUCCAUCUCAAGCUGACUAUACUGCCUUCUGGAUUUAGUUAAGUAUUACAUCUAAGUAUUACAACUAACUCAUUUUGUACAAUUUUUAAAAGGUCCAGAGUACCUUUUAGGACAUGCCAUAUUUCCAUUUUAACAGCCGAUUUCCUCAUAGAUACAAGAAACGUGUGUAAAACCUGCAGGCCUAAAGUUAUUUUCCAACCAUAAGGGAGAUUUGUUUUGUUGUUGUUGUUUUUUUUUAUUAUUAUUUUUUUAUUUUACAAUGGAUGAUGUCAGUCAUCUUUUAUAUUAAAGGGUGGCAGACCAGUUAUAAUACGGGCAUAGCAUCAUAGUAGUGUGUGGUGCAUCAUCUCAUUUCAAAGGUUAAAUUAUGAGAUAUUUAUUAAAUCAUAUUGUUCUUCUGGCUAACAUUUUGUUCAACUGAUAGCCCUGGAAUCAUUUGAUGUGUGAAAAGAAAUAUUCUGGCAUCAAGUUUUAAAAACAAAUCAAUUUAGAAUAUGUCACAUAAAUUUAGACAUACCAUUGAUUUUGAUUAAGCACUUACACCCUUUAUUAAGUCUUGGAUUAAGCUUGCAAUGCACUGAAGAUAAAAUUUGUUGUACGUGUCCAGGAAAAUGGCACCUGUUUAUCAUGAAUGGAUUUGUGUAGUGCUGGGUGUUUUUCCUUUUAUAUUUUUUUUCUUUUUUUUUUUUCUUUUAAUAGCAACACUACAUCCUUCAACACUGUAAGAAGCCUCUCAUAAAUGCCCUGCCUCUAGUUUUGGGGAAACCUGCACCAACAACCUGUCACUCUGUCACUCUAGCUGUGAUGUUUGAAUCUGUUUGAUUUACAAAUUACCCUUGUGGAGUUGCAGUGAAACUGGAAGGCAAGUGAAUUGUCGAUAAUCAAAACACCAAAUGAUUUAUUGUACCCAAUUAUAUUUUGAAGCAUUUCUAACCCUUAGUCUAUUUUGUGGUUUGAGAAGAGUAUGGCAUUUAAUAUAUACACAUUGUUAGAAUACUGAGUGUGCACAAUUUGUGGAGAGCUUUGAAGUUUAAUUUUAGUAUCUGUUUUCCCCUCUGCUAACAUCCUCCAACAGUUUUCAUGUUUGUGACAUGUAUAGAGUGAUCCUGCUUGCUUGGUAGAUAUUUUAUUACACAUUUCAAAAGGUAAGAUUUCUCUGACAGGCUGUCCACACUGUUAUAUAACUGUUGGUUUUCAAUAAACAUUCACUGAACCUGA